CAAGUCUUAAAUUGGUGUGGCUGCAGAAACAAAGACAAAGUUAAGUCUGCUGCUGUUUUUUUAGGCCAUUGGCGGCGGCAUCGCAGUUGUGUAAUUCUUCUGCCUCUUAAAUAUCAACAAGUAGAAGCAAAAUAAGAAAAGCUUCCCUUUACUUCUCCUUCCGUUAAUUUCCAUCAUCAAAAGUCCUUCCUCAUUUUGUCUAUCCUAGAAUUUCUUUUCUUUUAAAAAAUGCAAUUUGUCUCUCUCAUAAAUUCAUAAAUCAUAUAUGUUCCUUGUCUCUUCUUCCCUCUCCUCUACAAUACAAUUAUUCUCGCCUUACACACUUCGAUAGUCCAUAUUCAAGGGUGUGUUAUUUUUUCUACUAAGAGAGGAAAAUUGAGAGGAGUGAGUGAGAAAAAGACCACCCUUUUUAAUUUAUUUUUGUAAAACUCUACAAAUCAAGAAAAUCGAGGAACUUUGUGACUAAUCAAAGUUUUUUUGAUUUCAGGAGAGUAUGGUCGCAAGGCUAAAGUAGACAUCAGGAUUGAAGCUUGCGGCUUAGUAAUAAUUCAACUCAGUACAACAAAAUUUAUCAAGUUUUUGAUAAAUUGAAAGCUCUAUCUUGAUUUUAUGGAGUCGUGUCAAAAGUAGUGGUAUGGAUUGUCAGUCACAAUUGAAUAUAGAAAAAUGGCUGGGUUCUUUUCACUAGGAGGAAGAGAAGAAACAAGCGACCAAGAGCAUCACCAUCAAGAAACCACUAAUUGGUUCUUGUACAAAAAUCAUGAUCAAGAAUUACCCGCAUACAAAGGCUUCGAACUAUGGCAACAACAACAACCACCUGAUCACGGCGAGCAAAAUUACCAAAUCCCAAACCCGAUUAUUAAUCCAUUUGGAUUAGAUAUUGGGCCUAGUGAUCAUCAUCAUGGGCCUAAUUCAAGAUCUGCUGCUAAUUUUAUGAUGAUGAGAAGUAGUCGUAGUAGUAGUACGAUUAGUUGCCAAGAUUGUGGGAACCAAGCAAAGAAAGAUUGUCAACAUAUGAGAUGUAGGACUUGUUGUAAGAGCAGAGGUUUUCAGUGUACAACACAUGUGAAAAGUACUUGGGUUCCAGCUGCUAAAAGGAGAGAAAGGCAACAACAACUUGCUUCUUUGCAACAAGAAGAAGAUAAUAACCCCAAAAGGCAAAAAGAUGAUCCAAUUAGUGGUUCUUCUCUUGUUUGCACUCGUUUACCUUCUAAUAAUACUACUGGGUUAGAAGUGGGAAACUUUCCAUCAAAAGUAAAUUCAACGGCUGUGUUUCAACGUGUUCGAAUGAGCUCAAUUGAAGAAACUGAGGAUCAAAUAGCAUAUCAAGCAGCUGUUAAUAUUGGCGGACAUAUAUUCAAGGGACUCUUAUACGAUCAAGGCGAUCAGUACAACUAUAUAAAUAAUGCUGGUGACAGCUCAUCAGGUGGAGAUCCAGUGCCACAUCAGCAUAACCUUAUUGGUGUUGCUGGCACCGCCACAUCAGCAGGCAAUAACGUGGCUGUAAGUGGCGGUGAUGUUACGAUGGCUGAGGAGUCACAUUUUCUAGAACCUUCUCUAUAUUCUGCUCCUCUAAUUAACACUUUCAUGGCUGAUUCAAGAAAUCCUCGAGCAACCAAAAAGCAGAUUUCAUCCUCUUGUCCAGUUAUUUUCCUUCUUGUCCAUAGUGAAUUUCUCAAAGAUGUUUGAUAUAAUACAAGCAGUCUCUUUAUUGAGGACAAUGUAUGAAUUUAUAUUAUCCGUCUCUUGUUGUUAGCUUCCCAGAC